AUGACGCCUCGACGCGUGGAAAAUCGUCGCCACAAAUCUCACAACUCCAUCAACCCUUCCGAUUAUGAAUCAGACUUCAACAAUCUUUCAGACGUCCCCUCGGCGCCAGUCCCUAGCCGGACCAACGCCGAGCUCAAUCUCUCGGUGAUCCGUCGUCAUAACCCUGAUGUCAUCAAUAUUCUCUCAAUUGCUUCAUAUGCCGUUGUGUACUUGUUCUCCCCAACUGCACUGCAAUGGGAGAAGAGCGGGAUCGAGGGUACGCUCUUCGUCUGUCAACUUGCAUCGAGCAAUAUCGGAGCCGAGCGAUAUGCCGUGGUAGUGCUCAACCGCCGGGGGCUGGAAAACUUCUACACUGAGCUUCUUGAGGGCAGCGACGUCGAGAUUACGGAGGAAUAUGUCAUCUUGCGUGUCACGAACGAAGGAGGAGAUCCUCAUGCUUACGGGCUAUGGAUAUUCUCAGAACCACCGCCGUCCUCUACCGCGAAUACGCGGGCUCUUAAUGCGCAGAUCAUUCGGGAUUGUGCUGUGCAGGCAGAAACAAGCAGAAAACUCGCAAAGGAGGUGUGGGAAAGUGAGAACCAGAAGCCGAUUCAGCCGGAGCUGAUUCACGAAAGUGCUCCAAUGGGCCGCCAAUUUUCGUUACAGCAGCUUUUUGGCCAGCAGCGAGAACAGGAUAGCGGAUGGAGUGUCAAGGCGCAUAGCCCAGUUUCUACGGGCGCACCGCAAUUCAUGUCAAAUCCGGAUACGGAUUUCUUUCACAGUGCAAAACGACAUGGUAUGCCUCAGGCGCCGCCACCAGAGCAAGGAAAAGAUGUCUUGGCAGAGCUGUUUCGCAAGGCCGGGGAAGGUUAUCGGCAGAGCGUUCUGUAG